UUGUUGCUCAUCGACAUCCAGCAGGGCUUCUCGCAUCCCACCCAUUGGGGCACGCAGCGCUCAACACCGCAGUUUGAACAGAAUGUUACUGCUCUCCUGGCCGCCUUCCGCACUACGCCUGGUGCUCAUGUUCUUCACGUCUGUCACCAUUCCACCUUCCUUGGGUCGCCUCUGCACCCGUCGAAGCCAGGUGCGGACUUCAUGCCAUACGCACGACCGAUCAAGGGCGAGGCCGUCUUUUCCAAGACCACCAACUCUCCUUUCAUCGAGACGGAUCUCGCCGAUGUCUUGCGCCAGUUGAACUUGCAGCGGCUAGUGAUUAUCGGACUGAUGACGGCUCACUGUGUCAGCACAACCCUCCGCGCCGCGUCCAAUCUACGGGUGGUCAACCAUGGCUAUGGCUGCGUUGUCAAGGAUGGAAGCGAGCCCCAGGCAGAGAUCAUCCUUGUGCAGGAUGCCACAGCCACCUUCAACGUUCAAUUCGACGGGCGUGAGUACGACGCCGAGGCAGUCCAUGCCAUCCACCUCGCCACCAUGAAGGACGAAUUCUGCGAUGUCACCACUACCGCGCAUGUUCUC